GAACAUCCUUCACUACUAUCGCUCGCUGAGGCCUUAUAACAACUCCUGCGCUGAUCUGAGCGGUAUCUUACCGACUACUGUGCUGACUGCCUGUCUCGCGACGCGACUUGAGCUAUGUGCUCACUGUAGUUCCACCGACCGCCGCACUCGUGCCCGCGCUCAAACAUUCGAGGACGUGCCAGAUCCCGAGAUGGCAAUGUCGUCCGCCAGCGCGCGCUUCUCGGCCCUGUCGAACAACACAUAUGUUCUGAGCCGGUCACCCACUAAGAAUAGUCGCCGGCGCACCGCAGAACCGUACAUGCCCAGAAUCAUCACCACCGUAGGCCAACGUCCAGCCUGCCUGGUGAAUGCUUCGGUCACAUACGUGGGCAACGACCUGAUAUAUGCUUUUGGCGGCUUUGAUCAGUACACAGACGAAGUGUAUAAUCACGUUCUCAAACUGAACCUGUCCGCGCGACAAUGGAGUCUAGUCGACAACUACGGUGAUAUUCCCGGCGUACGGAUGGGACACACUUCAUGUCUCUGGCAAGGCGAUAAGUUGCUCGUCUAUGGAGGCGAAAACGAACACAGGAUACACCUUUCUGAUGUGGUGAUAUUCGACAUCAAGACUGCGCACUGGGCGCAACCUGAUAUCAAUGGACCUGUUCCCAGAGGCCGAGCAAGGCACUCGGCCGUCAUUCACGAUGACAAGCUGUUCAUCUGUGGAGGCAUGAGUGGUAGUGACAACGGUGUUCUUGACGAUAUCUGCUAUCUUGAUCUCAAGACGUGGACCUGGAGUCGCACGUGGAGAUUCGUCCCACGCUUCGAUCACGCGAGCUGGGUGUGGGGAGGAAAGAUCUGGGUCAGUGGAGGUAUGGGCGAGGAUAUGGAUCGGACCAGCGAGAUCUGGUGGCUGGACUUUAGAGGUUCACCGGCGUUCGAAGGUGGCCCGUCGUAUGGCAUGGCUGGCUCGGACGAUGCACGGUCUUUGAGAAAUAGCUUCGCGAGCUAUUCUGAAGCACAGCCUUCGUUUGGCUCAAAUGGAUAUGCUGCAAAUACCGGCGUUCAAUCGAACUCGGCAACGCAAAUACAACGUGCGCCACCCGUCGCGCCUGGUUCGAUAUCGAGCCUCAAAUUCAUCUCAUCGCCAAAUCUGCCUAUGCAGAAUGUGGGCACUCAUUUCCAUGUUUUCAGUUCCGGCUGCAUGCUGGACUUUGUUACACCCGCCACCAACAUGCCGCUUGAAACUUCGCUUUCGGCUCUUGACUUGGAUUCAUUACGAUGGCAGAAGCUGGCUGAUGGCAAAGAUCUCUUCAGUCCACUCUACCGAUGGCACUAUUGCUGUCUCGAUCAAGACGGCACCCAUGCGUGGCUGCUGGGCUCGCCCAGAACGAUGCCUGCGAAUGGUGUCAAUGGCGACACUGAAGAGUACCUCUCUGACGUGCUGCCAAUCGAUCUGCGUAAGUUUGGCUUACUGGGAAAUAAGAUGAGCCAAGAAGCACGGAACGAGCAGAAACCACCCACGUCCGAUUCACAAACAAACUCACAUCUGUCUGCAAUUGGUGCAGAUCUUGCACGCACAUUCAACAUGCCACCCGAAACAGGCUCAGGCACAGACUUCACCAUCACCGCACUCAAGGACGAUACUUAUGACCUCGAAUCAAUAUCGGACGACGAUCCAGUAUCGCCCAUUGCGGGAUCGUCUCCCGAUGUCAGCAGUCACAACUCUCCUCCCAUUCAUGUACAUCGACUGAUUCUCAGCGCGCGCUGGCCGCAUUUCUCACGCCUCUACAACGCUCAAAUGUCAGAAUUCCACACUCGGCGAAUGCAUAUACCCGAACCAUAUCCAGCUGUCAAAGCAUUCCUCUACUACCUGUAUACAGACUCGAUAUCUGCUCCGCCAGCAGAAAGCCUGGCCGUCGGGGGGCCUACUCUCGAAGACGUGGCUAACAUGCUCGUGAUGAGUAAUAUCUACGACAUGCCUCGACUCCGGCACUUGUGUGUCAACCGCCUGGUUCGCGAUCUCGAUGUUCAGCAUGGAGCUCUCAUUUUCGACCGCGCGAGCACGGCACAAGAGGACUGGCUCAAGCGCAGAGCUGCAAGCUUCUGCAUGACUCACUGGGGUCGCAUCGUUCGUACAGACGGCUUCAGACGACUCAAGCGCGCUGCUAUGUUGGAGUUGUGCGAAGGCAUCGAUGCUGAAGGUCGUGUAGUGGGUGGCGACGAGCUUGAAGCUGUUGGCGGACUUGGAGGAGCGAGAUUGGGCAGUGGAAUGGGCAUGCUCUGGGGCAAUGGCCGCAAGAGAGGUCGGAUAGGCAGCACGAGUGGCACCACUGUGGACGGCGAAGAAGCUGAAGAGACGUUCGAGGAUGACGGGGAGAUGGAGUUAACUUAGUAUAAGCUACUCAUUGCGACAAGGGCGAAGGUGGAGCACGAUUUUGACAGAAGCAUGGUGUUCACGGCCGCUGCUCUGGGAUGGCGAAUCAACCCAGACCUGGCGCCUGUAGAUUUGGCCGUGAUAGCGGUGUUCUGGUACAUGUCAUUCUGCAUGGGUUUGGGGUGAUGAAUCUGUGUAUAGAUAAUGGUAUCGACGAUCAUAGCAACGCCAUCACGACUUUG